AUGCCGGCCCCGGAUGCAUCUGUUCCUGGGGACCUUUUGGGUCGUGAAGGAGCUCAAGAGAGGCGAACACUUCAAAAAAUUCGGAGAAUUCAGAAGAUUGCCCGUGGCACGGCUGAAAAUGAGCGGAAUGUGGAGUCAGCCAUGUUCCAAGUCAAACCUUCCAAGUUGGUUGUUCCGACCAGAGACGAACCGCUGUCGAUGUUUGAUCCGGCCACCUGGGGCAUGUCGUUUCCGGACUUGUUUCCAUGGGGUGAUGGCUUGCCUUUUUUGAAGCGUGAAGCCAACAUGGAUGCAACAGAAGUGUUUCGAUAUUUGUUGCUUCGGGAAGAACUGCAUUACAGUGAGGGUGAUGCCCUGUUGCCAAGAUGGUCGCUUUCAGAGACGUUGCUUCCAGUGAUGUACGACGUGCAGCGUCGAUUACAGUUGAUGCGUGCGACGAAAGCGCAUGUGAUGCGUCGUGGCUUUGGCAAACAUUGUCGUGUUAUUUCUGAAGUCAACACGGACCAAUUGCUCAAGGCAAUGGCAUUGCACGGAGACAAUGCGGACCUCAGGGAGUUGUUGCGAGAUCCGCAGGUGGAUGUGGCCUUGAAGCGAGCAUUGGGAGGAGUGCUUCAGGCAACUUCGAGCAUCAUUGGCAUGGAAGGGCAUCGCAGCCAGAUCCGGUUGCGUGGUCAUGCGGCUGGGUGGCAUUAUGGUUCUGCGCAUCUGUUCGUCACGCCCAACAUCGCAGAUAUGCGCUCGUCCUUGCUACUUCAAUUGCACUGGCAGAAUGCAAAAGUGGAAGAGUGCAAAAUUGAUUUGGACUGGGAGGCGGAGAUGCCAGAAUUGCCCAGCGCAGCUGCUAUGCGACGGAUUGUCGCGAGCGAUCCCGUCGCUCAAGCGCGUUGCUUUGCCUUGAUGAUGGAUUUGUUUUGUGAGGAGGUGUUGGGCAUUCUUCCACCUUUGGCCAAGGGAAGUUUUCGUGUGGGGGUGGCAGCAACCUUCGAGGAUGGCAUUGCGAGUUCUCUGCAGGGAGGUGUUUUCGGUGAUAUUGGUUGUGGUUCUUUGCACCCUCACAUGCUUAUUAUAUUGCUGGGACACGACUUGGGAGAUCGCUUGCGGAAACUGAUGCAUCGGGUGCAGCAUGGUGAGUUGGUCGUUGAGUUGCAGCGGUGGAGUCGUCGUGUUUUGGAGGCUGUGCAGCGCUUUCAGUAUGAUUCUCAAUUGGCCUUGUCGGAGCAGUUGAGCAGUCCGACACAGCCACUGCCUUUGAAUGAACGUCAGCGAUCAGAAUGCGGUCACCAGUAUGAAUCCACGCCUUUGGUGCCUAGGGCGGAUCCGUGGCUGGCAAGGUUUUGA